CCAAGAUCUCUGGAGAGGACAGGAGAAGACAGAGCAAAAUAAAUUACUUUGUUCAGUAUUUAUAAAUCUAAUCACUUAUUUAUCAAAAAUGGUCUACUCUGGAAGCCUGGUGAAAAGUGCGCUGGUCGCCAUUCUCCUGGUAGCUGUGGUUCAGUCUGGAUCGACUGCUCAGAAGCUGACAACCUGCUGUAAGACGGUCGACAAAACGCCGAUUCUUGAGCCCAUCACAGGAUUCCUGGUGCAGGACGUGGCCCCCCCAUGUGUCAAGGCUGUGAUCUUUCAUACAAAGUCUGGUCACUUCUGCAGUUAUCUCAACGCUCCGUGGGUUCGAACUAAGAUUGUUGAUUUCUUGAAAGCAAGAGCUCAGUCCACUCCGACACCCACAGUCUCCCUCCUCUCCAUCAUCACAUCCAGUGCCUCCCCUUCUCCCUCCUCUGCUCCCUCCUCUGCUCCCUCCUCUGCUCCUCUCCCCUCCAUCUUCUCCACAUCUGAGACGCCUGCUGAUGAAACCCUUAUAGAAGGCAGCAACGAGUAGAACGGCAUCACCUCCACCCCCCUGCUGAAGAAGACAAGGACCUUUGUCCAGAACGACUCUGGCAUCGACGCUGAUAGAAACAAAAUGUCUAAAAAAGUUAGUUAGUUAUUAGUUUCUUUUAAUUAUUUUUGUUUGGGUGAGUUAAAAUAUUUAUUAGUUUAAUUGAAUUGUGCUGAGAGAAGCAUUCAUGUAUUUAUUAGAAGGUUUAUUUACAAGUUACAGUAAACAACAUUAUGAAUAGUGUCAUGUGUUUGUACUGAUAAAGAGCACAAAUUAAUUUAUUAAAUUUCACUGUUUAGGGUUAUUUAUUGAUUUAAAAGUUUGUAAUUGUGCAACUAUUGAAAACAUUGGUCAGAAAUAAAUGUUGUGCCUG